AUGCCGGCGUUGCACAGCGGCCCGGAUCCAAAAAGGCCCGGAAAAGACCCUCGCUCGGUGGAAGCGCAGAUGGUCCGUCAGUCUGUUCCGUCUCCUGCACGCUCUUUAUCGCCCACCGGGGCUGCUGGGAAUAGCAUUCAAGCGGCCAAUUCCCUUGUUAUAUCGGACUUUGAUCGCUCGUGCUUGAAUUAUCUUCAGGAUUCCGCGCUGGUCGUGAUCCUCGGAAAGCAUUGGCCAUGGUCUACAGUCUCUUAUGCAUACCACAAAAUCGCAGUUAAAGAACCCAUGGUCAUGAGCAUGAUGUUGGCGACUACAUCUAGUGAGAUCAACCGGUCGCGUCUGUACGACCGGGACAAGACGGAGGGACCAUGUACUAUUGAGAGCCUGUCCGACAUGGACAGUAGAUUGCACUAUGGUCGGGCUCUCUCUGGCCUCCGGGAAGCGCUGAAACCAGACGUCAAGCCCCCGGAGCAGAUCGAAGCCAUCUUCAUCACCUUGUGGAUGAUGAUUGACUAUGAGAACCGAUUCGGCAGCGGGACUGCUGGAAUCAAUAUUCACAUUCGCGGAAUCGAGAGUCUACUCUUCAACCACGUCGUCCCAUCACUCAAACAAAUAGGGCCUCCAGAUAUCGCAAUUGCAGAAGCAAGUUCAAAGACUGCACUAUGUCAUGUCACAGACGAGGCCCAGGGCACGAGCGCAUGUGACAGCCCUGGGCCGCAACAGACUGCCGAAUUGUCCAAGAAUAGGCUUCGACAUACAGCGGUCCCUCUUUUUCUGCUUUGGACUUUGUACUUUUUCACACCGGGCGCUUUGCUCUCUGGCCCAGGCGCUGCAAGGCUCGAUGCCGACCUCUUCCGGUUUUUCAUGAAAGAGGAAGCAGGAAGUGUGGGAUUGAGUCUUUCCGAGCUAUACAGGAUUGGCAGACAGUCACCGUCUCGAUUCUGGGGGGAUUCCUACCCCACCACAGCCCAGCUGGAUGAUAUGGAGAAUAUGCCCGGGCUAUCGCUGUAUCAUCGAAGUCAUGUACUGCAAUUCAAGAUUACGGAGUUAUUUCGGCAAGGAAGUCAUUCGGUCACGACGGGUCUUGAGAUCAUUAGUGAACUCAACAUGUUAUCUGAUGAAUACGAUACCUUGUUGGGUUCCGCCAAGUCUGCGCCCUCGUGUGAAAUCGUGGGUGACGGACGUCGCGUGAUGGAAACGAUCUUUUGGGCAGCCAUUACUUACUACGGCACGAUCGUGUACUUCCACCUGUGCUUCAAAGACACCCUGGCCAAAGGUUCUGGAACUCUCUUUGAAGCUACAUCGCAGCAGACCGCACUUGAUGGAUCUACCAAGACUGGGUGUCGUUUCGGCUGCGCGAGCUUGGUCGCUAUGGGCUCAACUACAGCCGGGUCAGCGCCCGGUUUGACGAGAUCAUCCAAGGAGGCGAUCCCUUUGCGCACGGACGAAGGCCAUUGUGCGCGCAGUAGUGCAAUUCGGCAAGACGUUGAAGAUAGCCCGGGGAUCUGCUUGACGUGUGGUUCUAGAAAGUUUCGGGAAGGGGAUCCUAGCCAAAUCGUGGGGACUUCCCAGACUGCCAACAUCUGCUACACUCUAGACGUGCAGCUAGUGGUCGUACAUUAUCGCGCUCAUUCAGGGUCUGCCAUGCAUAACGACUAUGCUUGGUUCUAA